AGAUUACAUUUGGCGACAGGAACUGAGUUGCGCAAAUCAUUGAGCAACCUCUUUUUUCUUUUCUUUUUUUUUCUGCCUCAUUUCUUUCUGUGUAUACUAGUGUUUCAGUCUCCGGUUUCUACUUCUGUCUGGCAGUUCUGGGUAAUGAAGAAAAAAUGCAUUUAAUAACUGGAAGCUGUGUCCUCUUUUUGUGGAUACGUGCACUGACCUCCGAGAAAAUUGCAGAUUGUACACUCGACCAGUUUGUAAAAGGACCCUUGUAUGAUUCAAAUUUUGACACAACCGAUCUGGAGGCCAGCUACCCUGCUGGAAAACAACUACGAGUGAGCUGCAACAUUGGUUUCAGUGGUUUUUUCAAACUGCUCUGUGUUGAGGGUGAAUGGCAUCCUAGAGGCACGAAAUGUCAAGCGAGAUCAUGUGGUCAUCCCGGGGAUGCGCAGUUUGCAGAGUUUCAUCUGGAGAAGGGAGAGGAUUUUGUCUUUGGGUCACAAGUUGCAUACACCUGCCACAAGGGUUAUCAAAUGGUCAGUCGCACAAACUACCGACGCUGCAUGGCAGGAGGCUGGGAUGGAGUUGUUCCUGUAUGUGAAGCCCAACAGUGCCCUGUGAUUCAUGUGAGCAAUAAUGUUCAGGUGGUCGGGGACCCGGAGGAGGCAUCCUAUGGCAACGUAGUUCAAUUUAGCUGCAAGUCCAGCAGUGAAGUCCUCAUUGGGUCGCAAGAGGUCUAUUGUAACGAAUUUGGAGAGUGGAGUGGCGAAGCUCCAAAAUGCAAAGCGAUAAAUUGUCUGGUGCCUGUGAUCGAAAAUGGCUACGUGCCUGGAAAUAUCCAAGAGUACAAAGAACAUGAAAUCCUGCAUUUUGUGUGCGAUUGGGGAUUCAAGCCUACUCAGGGCAGACCUUCAAAAUGCACAAAACUAGGAAUAAGAGCAGAGUGGAGCCCCACGCCUGACUGUGAAUUGAUAAAAUGUAAACUGUCAAUCCCGCGACUCGAAGGAACCAGGUAUGAACCUGCAAACAGGAACGUGUUUUCAGUCGGUGACACAAUAAGAGUAAGAUGUGGAGAGAGGUACUGGAUUUCUGACCCCCGGCAAACCUCUGCACAAACUACGUGCAAAGAUGACGGAGAGUGGACUGUCGAACCGGUAUGCAAAGAGGUUACGUGCAUCAAUCGACGAGAUUCACGUGUGAAUCGGUGGAGUGUCUAUUGGGGACAACGGUUAACACAGGGUGUGACUGUAAGUUACACAUGUUAUCCGGGCUACAAGCGCACGAAUGACGCCACCACAGCCACAUGCACCAGAGAUGGGUGGUCACCAGAUCCACUCUGUGAAGAAAUCACAUGCGACAGACGGGAGAUCCAGAACACUGUUAUUGUCAACCACAAAGACAAAUACCAUCAUAAUGAAAAGGCCAAUUACGUCUGCAACAAUGGUUAUAAAGGAAGUUUUCAUCUCAACUGUAGGGAAAAUGGUUGGAAUGGAUAUUCACAAUGUACAGAAAUCACAUGCGACAGACGGGAGAUCCAGAACACUGUUAUUGUCAACCACAAGGACAAAUACCGUUAUAAUGAAAAGGCCAAUUACGUCUGCAACAAUGGUUAUGAAGGAAGUUUUCAUCUCAACUGUAGGGAAGAUGGUUGGAUUGGACAUUCACAAUGUACAGUGAAAUCAUGUGAAAAACAUGACAUCAGCAACGCAUACAUUUUACGCAAUGAGAAGAAAAGCUACCGCCACCAUGAACGGGUCCAAUACGCAUGCAGGACCGGGGACGAGAGACGUUUUACUGUUGUCUGUGAUAGAGGUGUUUGGACUGGAAUUCAGAGCUGCACAGAUUGUCCAAGAGCUGAAGUUCCACAUGGAUUUGCCGUUGGCCCAUACGGUGGCAAACUGUACUACACCUGUCAUGACGGUUAUAAGCUCGCCACCAAAGGCUGGUGGGGUGAAGCCACGUGUAUUGGUACCGUGUGGUCUGGACUUGACCUUUGCAUCGCGAACAGCAGCUGUGGAAGAGUGCCAUUGAUUCCUAAUAGCAAGAUGAUAUCUCUGCAUAACUAUGGAGAAGGCAAAAGCGUCCAGAUUACCUGUCAGGGAGGAUACACAGCUCAGGUGGAUCGCUUCACGUGUAUGGAGGGAAACUGGGACACAAACGGAUUGUCACUCGACUCGAUCUGCACGCCUACUGUCGGACACUGCAGCCCCCCACCUAAGGUUGUAAAUGCCAUUGUUGUCACUGUGUAUCAGAGCGAAUACUUGUCUGGUUCUGAAGUAACCUAUCAGUGCCGCUAUAAUUACACGAUGGAGGGACAAGCCACCAUUAAAUGUGACGAUGGGAACUGGCAGCAGAGGAACAUCACGUGUACACGGCUGCGACAGGGGGACAGACCCACAGGAACGAGUGUGGCUCAGAAGACCGUUUGGCCUCAGGUUGGACUCUGCACAGCUGCUCGCGGAAAAAUGCGACUGUCUCUACUACUUGUGUUUCUGCAGCUGUGGGGCGGCGUGGAAGUUUCUUCAGCGCAGGACGCAUGUUCAAAGAUCCCAGAUGUCCCUCACGCCUCCGUGUCGGACGAAACCAACAGGGCCGAGUACCCAGAGGGACACCUGAUACACUUCACAUGUGAAACUGGUUACAUAUCAGGUCUCACCAUCAGAUAUGUAUGCACAAGCGCUGGCUGGGUGGCAGUCCAUGACGGAAAGUGCUACUUAAAGCCAUGCCAACUUCCUGAUGACACACCCAAUGGCCAUUAUCAGCUUACCCAUGGGGACGACUUUGUUUUUGGAUCAACUAUCAAAUACUUUUGUAAUGAAGGAUAUCACAUGGUGAGCAAGGAUGACACGCGGACCUGUUUGCUGGACAAAUGGACCAAUCACGUACCGAUAUGUGAUCCUCUGAGCUGUGACCCCCCGCCCGACGAUGCGGAGAUCACAGUCCAAGGUUUACCACAGAACGACGAUCCCGUUCUUCCCGACCGCUUCCUCACGUUCAGCUGCGACGGUCCCGGGAAACAGCUGAACGGCAGUUCGAGGCUGAUAUGUGGGAAUGACGGACAGUGGGACAAACCAUUCCCCUCUUGUGAAGACAUCUCUUGUAAAGCUGACGAGAUGGAUCCUAAUCUCCGCGCUGACGGAUUGCUACGAGAACAUGGAAAAAUGAAGAUCGGACAUAGAAUAAUAUUCCACUGUGAGGAUGGGUACAGCCUGGAAGGGGCUGAACAGAUUCAGUGUUUACAAACUGGGCAGUGGAACGUCCCCUUUCCAACUUGCAUAGAAAAAUGCAAAGUCACAGAAGUACCAUUCAAAGUACACAUCGACACAUAUGUACCAGGUCAUCAACUGACAAAAGGACAGAAGCUGAGGUUCUCUUGCAGCCUGCGUAGUCACAUUCUUCGGGGGAAGGCGGAAGUUGAAUGUUUGGCAGGUGGACAGUGGAGUGACCCCUUUCCGACGUGUGGAGCUCCACUGGGUUGUGGGAAACCGCCGUCUCUCGCAGACGGCGACACCAAGGAGAGUACUCAGCACAGGUACAGUCACAACGACAAGGUCGAACACAUCUGUCAGCCGUACUACGUCAUGCGGGGCGGGCCCUUCAAAACAUGCAGGAACGGGGAGUGGACUGGAGACAUCACGUGCAUCCGACCCUGCACCGUGGACAGAGAAGCCAUGAACAAACGGAACAUUUCAUUCAGAUAUAGCCGUUACGAUAAGCUGUAUGCAACCCACGAUGAAGAAAUCGAGUUCAGGUGCAACAGAGGAAGACCGGUCGGCAGGGUGGCAAUGCGUCAGAGGUGUGACGACGGAGCGAUGGAGCUGCCCUCCUGCAUGUCGGCGAGCGGCCGGGGGACGCACACUCUGCUCAACAUGGGUCGAAGGAGCGCGCGCUGGACUUCCAUCCUUCUGCUUCUCCACCUGUUGGGGAGCGUGGCGGUGACUUCAUCACAGAGCGCGCCUCUGGAUUGUGGGAGACCGCCGACUCUCGCAGACGGCGACACCAAGGAAAGUUCUCAGUUCAGUUACCGACACAACGACAGGGUGGAACACGUGUGUCAGUCGUACUACGUCAUGCAGGGCGGGCCCUUCAGAACGUGCAUCAACGGGGAGUGGACUGGAGACAUCACGUGCCUCAAACCCUGCACCGUGGACAGAGAAGCCAUGAACGAUCGCAAUAUUACAUUCAGAUAUGGCCGUUACAAUAAGCUGUAUGCAAACCACGAUGACCAUGUGGCGUUCAGGUGCACCAGAGGAAGGACGGUCGGCAGCGUGGCAAUGCGUCAGAGGUGCGACGACGGAGUGAUGGAGCUGCCCUCCUGCAUUUAGAGGACGUUUGGUUUAGUUGAAUCCAACAUGAGCCGUCAGUCAUCCGUCGCUCCACUCGUGUCCAGAUCCAGUGUCCUGUGUGAUGUGUCACUUUAUUAAAACACUUCUGCUCUGUGAAAAA